UCAUUCAACAGUCAACACUGUGACACUGACAUUCGUUCUGUGCUGUUGCCGCCUGUUAAAAUUUUGUUUGGCGCACGUUUAUCUAAAAAGCGGCGUGGUUUCAAGUGAAUUUCUCCCUUUUUAGUAGUUAAUAAUGGAAUUCUUAGAAUAUAAUGAUGUAUCAGCAGAGAUCAAAGGAGCUAUGGUGCCAGGACGAUUAAAAAUGACCGAUCAGAAUAUUAUAUUCAAGAACAGCAAGACCGGAAAAGUGGAACAAAUAUCGUCUAACGACAUUGACCUAGUAAAUUUCCAGAAAUUCGUGGGAUCUUGGGGCCUGAGAAUAUUCAUGAAAAAUGGUAUACUACACAGAUACGGAGGCUUUAGGGAGGGGGAACAAGACAAAGUGGCCAAGUUCUUCAAAUCAAACUACAACAAGGACAUGCUGGAGAAGGAGCUGUCCCUCAAGGGCUGGAACUGGGGCACGGCCAAGUUCAAUGGGGCGGUGCUCAGCUUUAAUGUGGGAUCUAAUACAGCUUUUGAGAUCCCGCUGCAUUAUGUAUCACAGUGUAAUACAGGGAAGAAUGAAGUUACACUUGAAUUUCAUCAGAAUGAUGACACACCAGCAUCCCUAAUGGAAAUGCGUUUCCACAUCCCAACAAACGAGUUAGCGGGCGACAUGGAUGCCGUGGAGGCCUUCCACCAGCAGGUCAUGAACAAGGCUAGCGUUAUCUCCGUCUCGGGUGAUGCCAUUGCUAUCUUCAGGGAGCUACAGUGUCUUACACCUAGAGGUCGCUACGACAUCAAAGUGUUCCAAACCUUCUUCCAACUGCACGGUAAAACCUUCGACUACAAGAUCCCCAUGUCGACCGUGCUCCGCCUGUUCUUGCUGCCGCACAAGGACACGCGGCAGAUGUUCUUCGUGGUGUCGCUGGACCCGCCCAUCAAGCAGGGCCAGACGAGAUAUCAUUACUUGGUGCUGCUGUUUGGGAUUGAAGAGGAGACGAGCUUGGAACUGCCUUUUACUGAGGAAGAGCUGAAAGAAAAAUAUGAAGAUAAAAUCACGAAAGAGCUCUCAGGUCCAACAUACGAAGUGCUAGCGAAAAUAAUGAAGGUCAUCAUAAAUAGAAGAGUCACCGGUCCAGGCGAUUUCUUAGGGCACCACAAGACUCCGGCAAUCGCGUGCUCGUACAAAGCGGCGGCCGGCUACCUGUACCCGCUGGAGAAGGGCUUCAUCUACGUGCACAAGCCGCCCGUGCACAUCCGCUUCGAGGAGAUCGCCUCCGUCAACUUCGCCAGAGGAGGCGCCUCCUCCACCAAAUCGUUCGAUUUCGAAAUAGAGCUGAAAUCCGGCAGCGUGCACACGUUCAGCAGCAUCGAGAAGGGCGAGUACGACAAGCUGUUCGACUACAUCACCUCCAAGAAGCUACACGUCAAGAACACCGGCAAGAACGACAAAGCCCUAUACGACGACGACUUCGGCGACUCGGACACGGAGAAGGAGCCCGACGCGUACCUGGCGCGCGUCAAGGCCGAGGCCAAGGAGCGCGACAGCGACGACAGCGACGACGAGAGCACCGACGAGGACUUCAACCCCGACAAGGCCAAGGAGAGCGACGUCGCCGAGGAGUACGACACGAAUCCGUCGUCGUCAGAAGACUCUGACGCGUCGAACGCGUCCGGCGACGACAAGAAGGAGAAGAAGAAGGAAAAGAAACCCAAGAAGGCUAUUACUAUUUCCGAAGCACCCCGUAAACGCAAAGACAAGACCAAAAAGGAAAAAGACGCAAACGCGCCAAAACGGCCGGCGACCGCCUUCAUGUUGUGGCUGAACGAGAACCGCAAGAAGAUCACGGAGGAGAACCCCGGCAUCAAGGUCACCGAGAUUGCCAAGAAGGGCGGCGAGCUGUGGCGAGACCUCAAGGAUAAGUCUGAAUGGGAAGAGAAAGCCGGCAAAGCGAAAGAAGACUACAACGCAGCCAUGAAGAAAUACAAAGACAGUGGCGCCGCCGACGAGUUCAAGCAGAAGAAGAAGCAGGCGGCCAAGGAGGCCAAGGCGGCCGAGAGGAAGAGCAAGGCGCCGCCCAAGAAGAGCAAGAACACCAGCGCCGGCUCCGGCUCCGGCAAGUUCACCAGCAAGGAGUACGUCGAGGACGACGACUCCUCCGACUCCGAUAACGACAAGAAGAAGAAGGAUACUAAGGAUAGCAAAGACUCGAAGAAAGAAAAGGCGAAAGCCAAGAGUUCUUCAGAGUCGGAAGCCGAGGCAUCCGCCUCCGGCUCGGGCUCCGACGCCAGCGGCAGCGGGAGCGAUUAGUGUACUAGCUAUACAUUUAGAUGAGUCCAAUCCAUGAAUAUAUUACAACUGACAUUUUGGAAUAAGAACUAUGCGUUCAAUCGGUCAAAAUUAUUUUCUUUGUCUUGUUUCUAACCACUUGUCAGGCCUGUAUUUCUGUCUUGAAUCAAGUAAAUAAGACAAUAAGUCGAGUGCAAUAGCAUGUCUUUCUCGCUGCAGAUUAAAAUCAACAUGAGAAUAAUUGAAAACAAAAUUUCACCCUAUACGAAUAGCUCCACUUUGUCACAUUUUUUGAUGACAAAAAACCAUACAACGAAAAGAAUUUUGACCCAAAUGCUCGAGUGUUAGUCAACGUUUAGUAAGCCCGGUGGAGGCGCGAAGUUUAAAGCCGUUUUUUUUACUUGAUUAUUUUUUGUAUUAUACUACCUGAGAUUCCAAGUAUAAAAAUAAGCCUUUCAGACCCGUACAUCGAGAUUUGCCAAUAAACUUAAAAUGACGUUUAGUGAUAUGUGUUGAAUUUAAAAAUUAAAUGUAAUGAACCUGCACUGUUGGAAGGGUGUGAAAGGUAAAAAAAAGUUAUUCUAUAGAAUAAUGUAUAAGGAUGCUAUGUUUUUGGGCUAUUUCAUGAAAAAGUACUUACUACAACAAAAUACGAUGCUCUUGAGUAUUACAUUUGAAGAAAACUAUGACAACGUAAUAAUGUACAGUGCUCAAUACGAAUAGGAAAGUAAAAGUUGUAAAAAUAUUAUGAUACCUUGAGCAUUGCUGAAACUUUUUAGAAGUAUCAUGUUCCUUAUAUCUCUAGGUAUAUAUUGUUUUCUGUAUAAAUACAUUCAUUCAGGCCGGUUACCGUAAUUAUUACUGAUGCCGGUUUUCCUUAUUUAGUUUCCUCCGAAACGCUAAUAUACAUGAAACUAAACAAAACCCUACGCAAACAAAGGAAUCAGACAUCAAUUGAUCAUGAGUUUGUUUUUAUAAUUAUUUGAAACUUGUGUUUAUGGAUAAAAUUUGCGAUGUCAAACGAAAGCUGUGCUUUUUUUUGUUAAUUUGGUUUGUUUAAAUAUUAAAAUCAGCCUAAAAUAUAUGGAAAUGAUAGAAAUUUUCAAUAAUCUUUAACUAAAAACAAUGGUAGUACAGUCAAGUGCAAAAAUAUGUAUCUAAUAAAUCGUCUCAUAAAUAUGGUACCACGCUCUUAUUACACUGGAAUAAGAUGAUGUGGGACAUAUUUUUGAGUAAGAUGUGUACACCCAUAUUUUUACACUUGACUGUACCAGUGAGGCAAAACUGUUCCUUUCGGCUUUUCCCGGCUCCUUUCGGCUCAGCAUUGCUCCGAGCAAUUAUUAGGGUUGGCAUAACUUGAUGUCCCUUUGCGUGUACGGCCACAGACGAGAUAAAGUGACAUGAUUGGCUUUUGACAACCCUAAAUAGCCGAAAUCGAUAGUACCAUACAUAAGAAAGGGACAGCAUGAAUCGCUGUCAAACUUCGGUUUUGUAGGAAGCUUCUUUUCUGUAUGGUAGAACUAUUAUUAAUUCUGUACUUACACAAAAAAACAGUAUUUAAUCUUCCAUAUGUCUUGGGCUGAAUAUAAUAAGUAUGUGUGUCCUAAUGUAAAAUUGUGAUAAUGUUUGUAAACCAUUCCUUUCUUACAAAUGAUCUGUUACGUACCAAUCAUAACCUGUAAAUAUAGUUAAGUAAUUAUUAAUUUUGUUAAAUCCCAGUUAAAAUCUGUUAAUUUAUAUUAUACAGCAAAAAUCGCAAGGCAAAUGUAUAAUAUAGACCGUGUCAUUCACAAAGACGCGUGCCUUGUCUCGUAAUGCCAUAUUAUUAAAGGUUAAAUCUGACAAAUCUGCGCGUCAUCGUCGAUGACACGAACUAUACAUGGCUUGAAAAAAAACUGGGCUAAUAUCGAAGGUCGUAAAUUACGAGCAACUAUCUCUGUUACUCUAAUUAUGCCUUAAUUGUAGUAAAAGAGAAAGAUGCCCGAAAUAUGCGAAUUUCAGUGUUCGUAGUAGGCCCUCUGUAUUCCAAAAGUAACCACCAACUUAAAAAGCUUAAAAUAACUAAAACGGCCAAGAACAU